CACUGAAUACUUUUGUAUCUAUAUGUAAUGUUCAAUUAUAAGUUUUCCAAAUGUUUAUUUCGAAUGUUAUUUGUGAUAUGACUUGAGGUGAAGAGCUUUGGAAAAAUAUAAUUGUUGAACAAACCUUAAAUAGAAUUUUAAGAAGUCUCGAAAUGAUGAAGCAAAGUAGAAAUAUAGAUAUUUAAAUGGGUAUUGUUUCAAAUAUAUGAAUUGAGAGGAGAAAAUGGUAUUACGACUUCCCAUUUGGUACAAUAACUUUGUUGAUAGUGAAUAUUUUAAAUUAAAAACUUUCAACAGUUACAUUCAUUUGUGUGUUAUUUAAUCAAUUCUGGAAACCAGAUUACUCAAAAUAUACACAGCCAAAUAAAAUAUUAGUAGCAAAGAAAAUACUUGAGAAAUGCUAAAGCAUACAUAUUUGUGUGAUAAUGCAUCCAAAUUCAAAAGGAAUGAGUGUAAUUGCAAGUGUAAUUAAAAGUGCUAAAACAUAUCUUGAAAACAAUUUCAAAGUGCUGAAAAAUACAAAUGCUUUAUAACAAAUAUCUGCUAGUGUAUAGUGGUAUUUUAGCUCCACAGCAUAACAAUGAGCUAAUAAACAUUUGAUUCCAUAAUUAAUCAUCUAGAAUUUAGCACCUAAUAACAAAAUGGAAUACAAGUGAUCAUUACAUCUACAAGGGCCAUAAUACCACCUUCUUUUCUAAUUCAAUGACAUAAAGGGACAGCAAAUCAAUCGGAGUUUUCUCGCGACCAUUGGCAAUAAUGGAGUUGUUAUAAUGGGCGAUCCACAGACGAUACAAAUGGAUGAAAAUGGAGAGAUUAAAGUCAUAGAAAAGAUGGACACAGAAGAAACGCAACCAGAUCAAAAUUCUCUGGAUUUCAAGAUAUCUGAAGGUCUCGCCGGCGACGGAGUGCAAAGAAGAUUGCAGUCGCAGGGAUUAGUGGCUAUUCCCAUACAAAAUGUGGAUCAUAAGGCGGCGUUGAUGGAGAAGAACAUAAUCGUGUUACCGGAUAGCUCUGAGCUCAUGGAUGGUGAAACCGCGACCCUGAUCGACGUGAAUCGUGUAAACGAAGCGGAGGAGGUUGACGAGGCUGAUCUUCUGCGUGUCAAGCGAGAGCUGUGCGAGUUUGAAUCCGACGCCGUAUACAGUUGUACCAGUUGCGAAAUGAGCUUCAAUUCUGUCCUAGAACACAUCAAGCAGUUCCACGAUGGCCAGGAGGUUUUGCUAGAAAUGGCAGAACAGUUGAACGACAUGGCAACGACGAGUCCGGCAUCGGCUGUAUCUGAAAGCUCAGAAAAUGUGCCGAGCGCACGACCACGGCAGGCGUUGAAUACGCUGCGCACGGAAGAAUGUGUGGAUAACGACGGUAGGCUCUAUACCAGAAAAGUGGUGCAAAUUGAAAGAUUCUGGGACCGUACUCCGAUUCAGGUUACGACGUCGCAAGCGAAGGCACCGAUGAUCGAAAAGUUCUUUUCGAACGUGGAGGGAGUUAAGGUACGAGAGAAACGCCUGGCGAAUGCAUCGGUGCGAAUGUACAAGUGCAAUCAGUGCCUGCAGCAGUUCUCCAAGUUGGGAAACUAUCGCGUGCACGCCUGUCAUCGUGGCAAUAACCGUUGCGAGCAGUGCGACCAAAGUUUCGCAACCCCUAGGGCCUUGCAGCUCCACGUAAAGGUGCACGAAAUCGAGGCCGAUCCGAGCCAGAAGACGUUUAUCUGCACUACGUGCGGUACUGAAUUUUGCUCCCACAAAAGCCUACGAUUGCACUCGAGGAUGCACGCGCCAGUGAGAGCCAGACAUGUCGAUGCACCCGAGGGCACCCCUAAUGCAACUUUUACUUGCCCCGAAUGUGGCAAAACGCUGUCCGAGUCGUACAAAGACGCGCACAUGACACUGCAUACGGGUGACUCUGUGACGUGCACCGUUUGCAAUCGGAAGUUUGAUUCUGCGGACAGUCUAGCGAUGCACGCGGCAGUACACGUUGAACUGGUACCUCCGCAAUCGCCUACUCCUUCAGUCUCAUCGUCAUCCACUGUGGAGACAACGACGACAUCGGCGACGUCAACGGUAACAUCAGCGACGACGGUGACAUCGACGACCGCCACGACAUCAACAACGACGGUAACGACGACGACGGCGACGGUGGCAACGGCGGAAUCCGACAGUCAGAAGCCUUAUCAGUGCCAGCAUUGCGGACGCAGGUUUACCAGGCCGCACGAGAAAGUCAAGCACGAGCGGAUACACACUGGAGAGAAGCCGCAUGCCUGUGAGGUUUGCGGCAAGACUUUUCGCGUGUCUUACUGCCUGACCCUUCACAUGCGCACCCACACGGGCGUCCGGCCGUAUGCCUGUCAGCACUGCGGCAAGCGUUUUAAAGCGUCUUCGGUUUACAAUCAUCACCUACUAACGCACGGCGAAGAACGCGCCUAUACGUGUCCAUAUUGUCCGAAGACGUUCAAGACGCGAGUGCAGCUGGCCGGUCAUAAAAACAGUCACACGAAGCCGUUCCGAUGUACCGAGUGUUCACGGCCGUUUGCAUCGCUCUACGCUGUCCGUGCGCACAUUCAGACCCAUAAGAAGGACAACAAUCUUAAGUUCAGCUGCUACGUAUGCGGCGCGUCGUACGGUCGAGCGUUCGCUCUCAAGGACCACCUGAAACAGCACGGUCAGGAUGUACUGGCGCUACCGGAGCCAGCGCGUGAAGAAGAGGUACACGAGAACUUCCUUCUUGGCGAGGAGGAGGCCGAAGAAGAUGAAUUCGCAGUUCCGACGCCGCCGCCACCGCCGUUACUUCCUGUCGUUGCGCGUUCCUCCGGUGGCGUGAAUGACACCGACUAGGGUGUCGAUUAUUGGCAAUUGGAUUCUAGUCAUAGAAUCAUUACGCGUCCCGUAAGCUGGCCGUAAACCUACGUACAAAGAUCAUUCGUGGAGAAAAUUUACAAUCGACACGGAUGGUCACCGCGAGUACACGAGAGUUUCUAGUUCCAUGAAUUUUUAUUCGAGAUGAUAAAACGGAUUUUUUACCAAACCAAUCGCAAUCGAUUAGGACCUAGUUGUAAGCAUUGUUGACUCGUUAAUAAAGUUUAUUCGUUUGAAAUGUCUCCUAUCGUUCGUCGUAUUCCGAAAUUCGUGAGCUUGAUUUGGAAUCAAAAACAUUCCGUCGCAAGAAGCAACUAAUCCUCUAAUACAAGUGUUGUACUACCUCAAUCUAUUAAGCUGAAUAUAAUUAUGAACGAGGAUUAAUUGGGGAUGAUUAUUUGAUUCUUAAAAAAAAGAAGCAAAAAAAAUAUUAAAUAUAUUGAUUGUAAUACAUUCUCAUACACUGAAUUGCAAACUUUCAAAUACACUUUUAAAGCAAAAUUUUAUAAUAAAAUUAGUAAUUAAGAAUUAUACAUUUAUAAUACAUACUUAUGUCCAACAACUAACCAGCGAAGUUUAAAAAGUAAAUAAAGCUCACGAAUUACUCAUCGAUGAAGAAACCUAUCGCGAUUAGUUAAAUAAUGUUGAGUUUCAAAUACACACUUUUAAAAUAUUUAAAGCUGCUUGGCAGCAAGAAAUGAAUUUCCAUACGUAACAUAUGCGAGUACGCGUCACAGCGAACAAACUCGUUUUAGUUUUAAUUUUGCGGUUAUUUAAUUUAUUAUUUAUAAUAUAAUUACGAAUUGUUGAUAUGAUUACAAAAUGUUACACUCACAUAAUUAGUUGUAUCAAUUAAAGUUACUCAAAAGAGAUUUAAAUUCCGGGACAUGCGCCAAUUGGAAUUUUAUUCAAGUGAAAAUUGAUCCGGUAUUAUUUUAGGAUCGUUUAGUCUUAAUAAUUUAGGAUUUCUGAAUGUUACACUGGUUGUUACAUGCUGUUGUUGUUUGGAAAAUAUUUUAUGACAAAUUAAAUUUUUACUAAAAAAA